AUUGACAAACAACAACUCCCGAAGAAGUAGACGUUUCCGAUGUAGUCUUUAUUUCUUAUGGUGGGACAGUCGAGAAGAAGAAGAGUUCUUUCAGACCGAUCGACAGCUCGAGGCUCUUUGUGGCGGCAACCAUAACGACGGUGAAUGAGAGGGAAAACGAGCUGGAUUCAAUCGACUGACACGUCGUAAUCUUGUAUCAAACUGCAGCGACUAUGCAUAUGAAGAAAAUAUCAGAUCGAGAUGAAUAUGUUGUGUAUGAAAGAAUGAUUGGAGAUUGGACUUAUCGCUUCAAAUCUCGAUUCUUCUGUGAUGAAAGCGAUACACCUUCCGAAGUCCAUCAGUCCACGCAGAUCGUUCCUCCAUCGUCUAUGAAUUUGAAACCCAUCGACCUGCCCUUGAGGAAAGAUCUGGGAGAGGCUGGUUGUGUCUUCCAAAGUGCAGUCGUGCUCUGCAACCUCUUGACAGACAGAAACUUUGUGCUUCACCAGUAUAUGAAUUCGCAGAAGAAAGUCGUCGAGGUUGGAAGCGGGACAGGGGUGCUCGGCCUUGCAGCUGCAGCGGUUGGAGCAACGGUUUGCAUGACUGACUUGCCUCAUGUGUUGGAUCAGCUACGUGGAAACCUGCAACUUUACUGCUCGAGCAAUCCUCUCGGCGAAGAUCUACAGAGCAGAUGUUCAGUCGAACAACUCACAUGGGGCUCUGAAUCUGAGGCUGCACAUGUCGGAAAGGCAGACUUGAUCCUGUGCUCAGAUUGUUUGUACAAGGAGGAAGUUCAUCGCGCCCUUCUAGAAACCCUCCAGGCUCUUUCUCAUCACGAUACGCUCAUCGUCCUGUCCUUUGAGAUUCGCCGAGCUCCAAUCGAAGCAAACUUCAUACAGCAGGCCGGUGAGAGGUUUGAAGUGGAGCGGUUCUUUCAGAGUAUGCGAGACGAUCACGAUGUACAGUUGUAUUAUCUCAGACCCAGAAGAUGA